UUUUGUGAAAGUCAUAAAGUCGAUUGUAUCAAGUCCUCUUAGAGUAUUAUGCUUGAUCUUGCUCGUUAGGGCAAAGAGUGUGAGGCAUAGGUCGAGAACUCUUGGGUUAAACUGUUAGCUACCCCAGGCCAAGCAGACGGGAUAAGCACUGGGGAACGUGCUCUCCACAUGGGGCAAAUCCCUAGCUUGUUGGUUAACUAUGUAGCUAAGUUAACUAGUAACCUUGACCAGAAAACGGGCUAGACCCAAUCGACGUGUUUGUCAUGCCGCUUUGAGACCUAGCUCAUGUAAUCAGAUAGUAAUGUGGAUCCGAGACUUACCAGGCUUGAGACAAGAUGUCGCUCUCGGCUCUAACGGAGAAGCGGAUGCAAUUCAUUGGGAGAUAAAGCCGACAAAGGCCUUUCGACAUCCGUCGAGCGAUUGUCAACCUGGCAAAAACGUGGCGAUAUCUGGCAUUAUCAUCAAAACUUUGCAUUGCCGACAAAAUACCAGUCAUGGCGUCGGCUCGGCAUCAAUUCCGUCAGCUUCUGUGGACGUCGAGAAUUACCAAUUCCGUGCAUUUUCGCCGCAUGGCAGGACAGGUCCCUUGAAUUUGUGGUUAUGGAACAGGAUGACUGAGACACGCCGAAGAAAAUGUGACGAGCGUGACCCGAGUAUCGAGCAUAAAGGAAAGCACCGUCAACUCAUAACCAGAACUCAUUCUGAUGCGAAUAUAUUUCCUAACGAAUUCCAACGACACAUUUCGCAGCCUGGUGGUUUUGGCCACUAAAUAAUAGCAGAAUCAGCAGUUUAACGCUCUCCCAAUUUGCAAACACAGAAAGCAAUCCAACAAUAUCUGAUCCUUCGCGUGACAGAGAAAACAUGCAACAUGAACGACAGCAAACACAAGACGUUCCUCGUGCCAGGCAUGAAGCGUUGUCAUCCGCACUAGCCGGAGGCGAUGAGGAGAACCAGUUAGAGAACCAGCUAACCCAGACAAUAUCUGGCACGUUAUCAUUUCCUGAAGGAGGUCCGGCCGCCUGGCUUGUUGUCUUUUCGUCCUUUUGCUUGAUCGCCGCGAGUUUUGGAAUGGCUAAUUCCAUGGGGAUUUUUCAAUCGUACUGGCAACUGAAUCAACUCUCUGCCUACAGCUCGCAGGCAAUUGGAUGGAUAUCCUCAACCCAAGUAUUCUUAACCCUCUUCCUCGGCGUGCAGGUCGGGCCGCUUUUCGAUCGAUAUGGGCCUAGGAUAUUAACACUCGUGGGUUCAGUGGGAUGUGUCGGGUAUGUGCUAUUAUUGGGGGAAUGCACAAAGUAUUGGCACUUCAUGCUUUGCUUUGGAGUGUUGGCCGGAAUUAGCUGUGCGAUCCUCACUACCGUUGCGCUUUCAGUGAUCUCCCACUGGUUUGAAGCGAGAAGAGGGUUAGCAACUGGGGUUGCGUUCAUGGGCACAAGCUUAGCGGGGAUAUCGUUUCCUUUAGCGCUGAAUCCCAUAUUAAAUCGUUUUUCGUGGGCUUGGUCAAUGCGGUUGUUGGCGCUUGUUAUAUUUGUCCUUGUGUUCAUAGGCAAUCUGUUCAUUCGAGGCCGGCUCCCAACUGGGAAGCAAAAAGGAGUCGUCAGUUUGAAAUGCUUUCAGGAUCCAAAAUUCACCUGGGCCACUGUUGGAAUCUCGUGUUUCGAGUUUGUGCUCUACUCCACGUUUGGACUGCUCCCUACUUACGCCCUUGAACAAGGGUUUGGGCAGCGGACGAGUUUUAACUCGAUUGCGAUACUAAAUGCCGGCUCGGCAAUUGGACGAUUCACAGCAGGGUUCAUUGCAGACAGCUAUGGUCGGUACAAUAGCAUGUUACUCUCCAUUUUGAUCUCUGUAUUUGCUACGUUAGCGCUCUGGUUGCCUGUGGGCCAUAAUGUUGCUUUAUUUUAUGUCAUGGUGCCUGUGUUUGGUUUCGGCUCUGGGAGUGUCGUCAGCCUCGCUCCAGUGUGCAUAGGACAGCUCUGCAAAGCAAGUGAGUACGGUCAAUGGUUUGGCACAAGUUAUAGCAUGGUGGCCCUCGCUACUCUAAUCUCUAUUCCAAUCACAGCCGAACUCCAAUCAAGAGCGGGAACAACGGCUUUUGUUGCUUUCUCCGGAGGGGUGUUGGUUCUCGCGCUGGUUUCGUUUUUAAUGGCGAGAUGGGCCUGCCUUGAUUACAGGUGGAAAGGGAGAGUGAAAAUAUGA